AUGGAUUCCUUCAAGGCCCUUCUAGCGGGCGACACCGAUGAAGAAAAUCAGCCCGACAUCGUGCAGCUGAGUGGCUUGGUUCCACCCUUGCAGCUCGACACGCAGCAGUGCACGAUGGUCAUCAUCAUGCCCCGGAACAAGACUGCCGGCGGGGCAGUGGACCACAAGGAGAUGGUGAACGACCCCUUGAGCAAAGCUAAACGUAUCUUUGACAUUCUCAGCAAUGAUGAAAGUUGCAAGACUUUGGAGAAGUUAGAGCACAUCAAGGCGGACACGCCCAUGAGCAUGGCAGACUACCAGGCUGACGUCCGCAAUCGGCUGCUCGAAAUUCUCGAGUCUUCUGGUCUCCAGGUCCAGCAUUUUCCCAGUCUUGACGAGGACGAGACCUUUCUGAAGCUUUACUUGCCCCUUGAUGGCUCCGAGAUCGGCAUUAUGGCAGAGCGCUUGGAGUACGACAUGCCUCUGAAGGAAGCCGUCUACGAGACGAUCCAGAAGCGCGGCCCAUACCCAGGUCACAAGCCCAUGCAGAACGAUGACGAGCGCACCGUCCUGGCGCGAACACACUUCCGUGUUGCGGAGAAGGAGUGUGCAAUGAUUGUGGAUGCUAUGUAUGACAUGAAGAAGCGGUCUGCGAUGUCAAGCUUGUCGGAUAUCAGUGGAAUCACAGGCAUAGCCCAAACUGGGCCAAUCAAGGAAGAGGACGAGGUCGACUAUUCGGCACUAGAAUGGGGAGACAUGGAUCCCAACUACAGACGAGAACUCGAACAGCGCCCAGAGGUGAAAGCAGCCUUACACAAAUUUCGCCAUCGACAUAAGAUAGCCAGACUCACACCUUCUGGAGAUUUUCAAGAGAUGGAUACAACUGCUAUCCCGGCACCAAACAAUCCCCCAGCAGUAGAUGAAGGACUCAAAGAACAGCCAAUCACUGGAAAUGUGUUAGACACGGCGCUUUCGUCAUACCAUGAGAAGCACAUCCAGCCCAGUUUCAACAUGUUGGCGGACAGUAUCACAGCGUUAUCCAAUCGGAAAGCUCCGGCAGUGCUGCGGGCGUUGAAUCUUCACCAGAUGCAGUUGAGUAAUCUGGAAGGGGAGAUUUGCCAUCGCACCGUUCUCCUACAUAACGUUCCUCCAUUCACAAAUGAUUCUUCCAUCCAGUACAACAUGCGGUACUUGUGUUCGGCAGCUGGUAUGGAGUUUGACGAGUCAGUGCAGUCUUGUACAACCCACAUCGUUUCUUCUAGUGAGGCUCUAUUACGCGUAGUAUGUCUACAGCAACAGGGUAGCAAGCAGUUCCUGACAUCCUUCCGCAGAAGUGCCCGGUACUGGCGGGACAACCACGACAGAUCCAACGACAGAAAGUUGAGGGUCGAGCGCGACGUUCCGUUCUCGACCCGACUGGAGCGCCAGCCUUAUUUUGCCCUCCUCGAUAUGUUAUCUGAUGCUACUCCCCCUCUCUACGACGCCACAUCAUUUCGGACGGACAUCAACGCCCUCCAAAUUUGGAGCCCUGAUGGGAAUUUCAACGACCGCAUGAUGAACACACUCAUUCUACUCCAGGCUUUUCAGAUGUUUCCAUAUACCAUCGAGCACCACACAUUAGACGAUGCGCUGGCCGACCGGCUGGGUGCAGAUCCCGGUUUUAUUCACAAAUGGUUUGGUGGGUUGAGUCAAGUUGUCAAUGCCGCACAAUUCCAACGUGGCAUUGACCCAACUGAUUAUGGUAAGGGCUCAAAAGGAUCACGACGCGACGACAGAGUGAAAGGCUCACACAGCAAAGGCAAAGGCAAGGGCAAGCUGAGCAAUCGUGAAUACCAACAGACUCGUCAUCAACAGUAUCGAAAUUCGGAGGACGAUGCCAUGGAAGAGACCCCCAGUCGGAGUUUGACAGACGUCAUGAUCGAGAUCGCGAGGAUAAGACACGACAAAAUCGCUCACAUGCUCGCGGUGGUUGGAACAGUCGCAGAGAUAUCCGUGACAUGCGCCGUGACGUUCGCGACCGCAGCCCCAGCAGAACAUCUCGCCAUUACGAGUACACCGAUCGCUACUAUAGAGGCCGUUGACUUCAUCGGCCAGUUCUUCUUCUUCUCCUCCUACCAGUAUUCUUUCUCCAUUCCACCCACAACAGUUAUGACGUUGAGAUACGGAUAA